UAGAUUACAGUAGGUCAAUCUCUGGUGAACGGAGUGCAUUGUUUAACUGUGCUGGGCUCGCCUAGCGUCUGUUGGGUCCUGUUGACGCCAACCACCAAAGCGUGUGAGAACAGCACCGCUUCGAACCCCUUUUCCGGCCUCUCCCUUCUCCUCCAGGUUGGGACAUGGUCACAUCUCCCUGACUCUCUUUAGCACCCAGUUCCCGGUUCCCAUCUGACUGUGCUUCCUUCCCCAUCCAACGGAUUACUCGCUCCAUUUCUGCUUAGCGGCUGACUUAUCCCAGAUCUUCUAUCACAUUCUCCCCACGUUCCUGUCGUGCUUACCCCAGGUCUCCUGUCACACUUAUCCCAGGCAUCCUGUCACAUUUACCUCAGAUCUCCUGUCACACUUACCUUGAGUCCCCUGUCACCUCACCCCGGGUCUGCUGUCACACUUACCCCAAGCCCCCUAUCACAUCAGUUUCCUAUCACACUUCACCCAGGCCUCCUGUCACACUUAUCCCAGGCGUCCUCUCACGUUUACCUCAGACCUCCUGUCACACUUACCCCAGGUUCCUGUCACAGAUACCUAGGUCUCCUGUCCACUCACCCAGGUCUCAUGUCACAUUUAGCACAGGUCUCAUGUCACAUUUACCACCGGUCUCAUGUCACCUUUUCCCCAGGUCUCCUGUCACACUUAUCCCAGGCGUCCUCUCACGUUUACCUCAGACCUCCUGUCACACUUACCCCAGGUUCCUGUCACAGAUACCUAGGUCUCCUGUCCACUCACCCAGGUCUCAUGUCACAUUUAGCACAGGUCUCAUGUCACAUUUACCACCGGUCUCAUGUCACCUUUACCCCAGGUCUCCUGUCACAAUUACCCCAGGUCUCCUUUCACAUUUACCCCAGAUUUCCUGCCAUAUUUACCCCAGGUGUCCUCUCAAAUUUAUUUCAGGUCUCCUGCCACACUUACCCCAGGUUCCUGUCACACUUACCCUAGGUCUCCUUUCACACUUAGCCCAGGUCUUGGGUCACACUUACCCCAGGUCUUCUGUCACACUUAACCCAGGCCUCCUGUCACACUUAUCCCAGGCGUCCUCUCACGUUUACCUCAGACCUCCUGUCACACUUACCCCAGGUUCCUGUCACAGAUACCUAGGUCUCCUGUCCACUCACCCAGGUCUCAUGUCACAUUUAGCACAGGUCUCAUGUCACAUUUACCACCGGUCUCAUGUCACCUUUUCCCCAGGUCUCCUGUCACACUUAUCCCAGGCGUCCUCUCACGUUUACCUCAGACCUCCUGUCACACUUACCCCAGGUUCCUGUCACAGAUACCUAGGUCUCCUGUCCACUCACCCAGGUCUCAUGUCACAUUUAGCACAGGUCUCAUGUCACAUUUACCACCGGUCUCAUGUCACCUUUUCCCCAGGUCUCCUGUCACACUUAUCCCAGGCGUCCUCUCACGUUUACCUCAGACCUCCUGUCACACUUACCCCAGGUUCCUGUCACAGAUACCUAGGUCUCCUGUCCACUCACCCAGGUCUCAUGUCACAUUUAGCACAGGUCUCAUGUCACAUUUACCACCGGUCUCAUGUCACCUUUUCCCCAGGUCUCCUGUCACACUCGCCCCAGGUCUCUUUUCACAUUUCGGGAGAACACAAGAUUCCUCAGGUUGUGUAAAUUUGCUUGACCAAUAGUAGAACAAUUACCUUUUUUGUAAAGAGGUGGCAAGAUUUUUAUCUAGGCAUAAACUUUACAUUUUUAAGUUAAUUCUAAAUUCCAGGUUUGCUUAGGUGAUCCACUAGUUCUGUUUUUUUCUCUUUGAAGAUCUAAUUGGUAUAAAAACGUUAUAAUCAUUUAUUUAUACUUUGGGUUGGGCUUUUCAGUGAUGAAGAUAUUGGAUCAUGUCUGUAGGCAAAAGGGAUAGGAACAAGUGAAAGCAGAGUUUAGUUACAAAAUUUUGCUUUAAUCGGAAAAAAACAGAAUUAGCUUGUCGUAAAACUCUCGAUCGUUACUUGCACUCAGCAUCUCAAAUCUCACUUCUGCUCUGUGUGUCAUUCAGCUGUGUGACAACUACGUGAUGUAGUUAUUUCACUUCAUUCUUUUUCUUAUAUAGUUUUUUUCAGUUGAUUUAUUUUGAGAAAGAGAGAGAGAGAGAGAGAGUGGGGGAGGAGGAGAGAGAGACUCCCAAGCAGGCUCCUCGCUGUCAGCUCAGAGCCGGAGGCAGGGCUGGAACCCAUGAACCGCGAGAUCAUAACCUGAGCCAAAACCGAGAGUCAGACGCUUAACUGCUUGAGCCACCCAGGGGCCCCUCUGAUACGGUUUUAAAAACAAAAAUUAUUUCUUUAAUUUGCCUCUGAUUUUUGUGGAAGAGUUACUCUGCCAAUACAUAAAGAUUGUCCAAAAAAAUGUUAGAAACAGAAUUUGAGAAAAACAUAUACAUACUCACAUCCAAAACAUUCUGUCCUUAUAUUCAGCUCGUGAAAACCCGUAGGCCUGCUUCCAGCACUCCCUGCAGAUACUCUGUGGUACACCUAGUCUCACACACACACAUGCACACGCGCGCGCGCACCGCUGCCACGACAUUGUGUUGUACUUCACUGGCCACACGAACGUGUGGAAUUCGUCACCAUCGUGUGCUAUGCAAGAGGAGAUUCUGCUGGAGGUGUUUGAAACAGAAGUAACUUUAGAACCUAAACACUGAAGAAACUGUUUUCCCUGACCUCCCCUGUCCUGGAUUCUCACCUGUGACUCUCUUCCACACUGCUUGGGUGCUAAGUGAAACCAUGGCUCCAGGGUUAACGGCCACUGGUAAAAUGAGUGGUCAGAAUUCACGGCAUCCAACAGAAAGAAGAGAAUCACGCCCUCAGAAUCCCUUAGGCGGGCAACCGACAAGUGUUAAUACUGUGCACAGAACUCCGCCAGGCUCCGAAGAGACUACCAAGAGGAGCAUCAGGCAGCCCUUGACCUUAAGGAAAUUAUAAGAAACUAACAUAUUAAGUAAUAGUUUAGAAGGUUUUCAUAAGGAAAAAUUGUUAUGAAAUCAAAUGUUCGAUUUUUUAUAGGCAAAUGUUUGCAGCUCCUGAUACUGUAAUAGAUACCCCAGAAGUUGAAAAGAGGGCAUUAUUAGGGUGGCUGUGUUAGGGAAGUCUUGAUGGAAUGCAGUCCCCAAGAGCCAGCAGAGAGGGCAGCCCGUCCCCUGUCCAGGGGAGACACGCACGUCACUGGUCUGCCAUUCCAGGGGACGCUGGGAAGGAACCAGCCCAAUUACAGCAUUACUCUUAUUUGAGAACCAUUAACUCUUUCUCAUGAUGAUCCAAGUUGAAGCAUGCUGAUGAAUUUCUCUGCUAAGUGCGGAGGAGAUGUGAAAUUGUCUUCCCAAAACAACUUUAGAAGAAAAUUAUGAUUAGAAUAAAUAUUCGCUUAAGAUGGCUGAAGUGCCAGUGCAAAGCAACUGAACGGGCUGAAUGAUCACAGAGUCCCUUCGGAGCCGUGCCGGUUUGCUUGUCACUCGCACUGCCUCUGGCUUUUCUAGCUGGUUGUGCUGAUUUGGGUCAGAGGCAGUGGCAUCUGGUCAAGGUGAGGGUGCAGGGUGGAUCGGUGUCGCUCCUCGGGAGGAAUGCACGUGCAGGGGAAGCACCCGUGGACCUCCAGCAGUUGUCAGUACCUUGUCAUCCUGAGCCACAUAUCCAGACAAGUCACUUGUACAAGCCAAGUUAACCGGCAGGGAUAUUGUUUUUUCCUGUCCCAUUGCUUGAAUUUGGGGUGUUUACACAUCUUUUAGGAGAACGUCUGCUAUCUUUUAAUUGUGCACGCAGUAGCUGCUGUACGUUAUCUAACCUGCCCUUGCAGAGAAACGUCGUCACUAAUCUGCUCCAGGAAAGACGUGCAUCCCUUAUGUGUGUCCAUGUUGGAGGCGUGUCACGGAGCUUGAUUUUAGUGGUCUCUGGCUCAAACCAAAGGGUGAGAACAUUCUGCAGAUAUGUUUUCCCUCAUCCGUUAUUACAAGUCCCAUAAAAUACCCUUUUGAAACGUUCUGGAAAGUGCCUUCUUUUCAAGGAUUAUGGUUCUUUUAAAUAAUAUAGGUAAUACUUUAGAGUCGGUUCAUUAGAGGGUAAAUAUGACCAGCUGUUUCAUUACAUUUGAAAAAUGUCUACGCAGAAAUAACUCUGUAGUUACUAAUGGAAGCCUUUGUCUUUUCUGCUGUCAAUAUUAAACACAGGCUCCGAUCAGAGUUUUUGGAGAGGUUUCCCAAACUGCGUAUCUGCCUGAGAUGUGAAAUGUUAUUAUUUAAACUGUGAGGCUUAGAUUAUGGCCCUCAAAUGCUAAUUAAGCAGUGGGAUUCUUAUUUCUUUUUUUUUUUUAAGUUUAUUCAUUUAUUUUGAGAGAGAAAGAGAGUGGGAGAGGGGCAGAGAGAGAGAGAGAGAGAGAGAAUCCCAAGCAGGCUCCGCACUGUCAUCACAGAGCCCGACGCUGGGCUCAAACUCCAGAGCUAUGAGAUCAUGCCCAGAGCUCAAAUGAAGAGUUGGUCACUUAACCAACUGAGCCACCCAGGAACCGACUUCUAAUAAUGUUCAAAUGGUAGUUUCUUCGGUAAGUAGUACACUACAGUACAUGUAUGUGUUAAGUGAUUGUUAAAUGAAGUGUCGAACACUAAAUUUUCUUCUCGGUUUAUUUGGUAAGUACAGACUUUCACAAGGGUUGGUCUAGGUUGUUUUUGUUUUUGUUUUUUACUGGGCUAAUUUACAUGCAGUAAAGUGAACAAAUUAUAGUGGACCUACAGCUUAGUGAAUUUUUAUAUAUUUAUACCCGUAUCACCAUCUCCAGAUCAACACUUAAAAUCGAUAUAACCAUAGGUAUGUUCUGUAGUUUGGUUUGGGUGGUUAUGUAGGUGUGUGCAGUAUAAAUGUUUUAUAUGGAGUGACUAUGGUUACCCCUUGGAUAAGCACAGAACUUCAAAUAUAGUCUUCGGUUUUUAAGCAGUGUAUGUUAAGUGUUUAGAGAAAUAAAAUGACCUUAAUCCAUGUCGUAGAAGGAUAUGGAAAUUAAUUGCAUGAUUUCUGCAGAUAAAAGCUGCCUAAAAAAAACAAAAAGUGCCUAAGAACUUUUAACCCUGACAUGGCUCAGGUCUGCCCAUUCCAGUACGUGUGCAAACACACACACACACACACACACACACACACUGGACACAGUCGCCCUUCGUUCUCCUCCUGGCCCACCUCACUCUUUCAUAAGUAGUGAAGGAGAAAGAUGCUUGCACCUAGUGAAGUGAGGAAGGGGCCAGCUUCCUUUCAAUGUGACGUCCCCCUGUCACCCAGGAGGACUGCCUGUGGUGCACAUCUGCUGGAUCGGAGGCAGGGGAUGAGCGGUUGAGACCUAGGGAAAGGACCUGGAUGGACGCUGUGUCACCUGGAGUCUAUUCCCAGAAAUACCACUUUCAGCUGGAAUGUCUUUAAUGUCUCGUUUAACUUCUCUGGCCCUACUGUCUCUAGACCUGGUAAAGUCGUGCCCAACAGCCUCAUGGGGCUGUGUGGUCUUUAUAUGAAGGAAGUCAUAUGAAGGUAUUUUGCAGAUGGUAAAGCAUUAGGAAGGGAACAUGGGUGCGUCUCUCUCUGUAGCUUGUUCCUUCCCUCUCUGUGCUUCCGCUCUGUGCUGCCGCAGGGAGUCUUGUGGGGGAGAGUAACUGAAAGAGGUACUGAAAGAAAAUAAUUUUAAUAUGAUGUCAUUUAAUAGUACGUAAUUUAACAAAUAGUUUUCACAUACCUUAUCCCACUCGACUCUCACAUAAUUCCAGAAAGAACCAUGGUAUGCCCAGUUGACGAGUGAGGAAAUUGAUGUUCAGAAGGGUUCAUCUUUCCCAAAACAAACCAACAAAUCAGUGCCAGAGCCGGCGUGUUGUGUACGUUGUUGAAUUCUGUAGUUGCGCUGUUGCCUACCCCUUACCGCCGCCUACACUUCAGUCGGACGUUUAUCCGUUCUUGUUUCCCUGAUAAUUGUCUCUGGCUUGGGAAACAUUCAUCCUGAGUCUCGGUCAGACCUCACGUAUUCUAACUGUGACGUUACCUGUUCUGCAGUUCUCCAUCCUGGGGUAAAAGCGCGGGUCCGUCCUUUUCAAACCAUUUGGGUCGGAUAGCGUGUAUUUCUGCAUUAUGCAUGCACGAG